ACAAAACUUAUGAUCAGGCAAAAGGCAUACGAUCAUCGCCCACAGUUACAAAUGAUCUUCAAAGUGGUUCGAAAAUACGUGGACCAACCAAAUCAGCUUCUCCGUCGGCUCAUCAGGCUAGACGCCAAUCAGCUUCGAGAUGUCAUCGACGAAUGUCAGGCACACAAGUUAGAGCCACAGCAAUUGGUCAUAUACUUUGCAGAGCGAUUUGAACUGCCCUUAAAGAUGUUGAAGGAACCUAGAGUUCCCGCGCAAAUUCAUGACAACGCUUGGCAGAGGUUAGAACAUCCACCAUUUUAUGGUAGAACAGCCAAAGAAGCGAUGGAACCAGAUUUCAGAGUAGGUCGCAUGGAACCGUGCAGUUCUGAAAGGAAGAGAGUAGCAUUUCCGAAACUUCACAAAGUCGCAGGAGACACAAUGAUGAGCAUUCUUCACCGCUUUGGCUACGAACGGAAUCUGACUUUUUUGUUGCCGAAACCGUUUCUUUUGACUUGUACGUAUCCAUGGAACUUGUAUCCCCGUACGAACUACGCGUUUGCGCAUCGGGAAAAUUAUGACAUUCUGACAUAUCACACUGUUUAUGAUAGUCAGAAAUUUAGCCUGCUUAUGCCAAAGGACGCAGUGUAUCUGGCAAUACUAAGAGAGCCUUUUAGCCAUUUUAGGUCUGUUUGGGAUUUCCAUAACAUGAAACACAGAUUUGGGAUUUCGUCAAACGGUACAGAUGCUGUCAUAACUUUCCUUCAGAACCCUGAAGACUUUGAUGCACAUUUUUACGUAGAGAAUAAGUCUUGUAGAGGAAAAAUUCCCCCAGUUUCCCUCACAAGAAGUCCUCUUGCGGUAGACCUAGGUCUUCCCCUGGAGUUAGCGACUUAUUACAGAAAAGACGAUUCGUACAAAAAGACAAUAACAGACAUGUUUAUAGAGAAGAUAGAAUCAGAGUUUCCCCUUGUGAUGAUUAUGGAGCAUUUCGAUGAAUCUCUAGUCCUCUUCAAACGGUUAAUGUGUUGGAAUCACAAGGAUAUUAUUUACAUAUCUAGAAACGUCGGAAAAACUACACACGACGACGAGAAAGAUAUCCCUGACGACCUUAAACAAGUACACAGACAAUGGAGUUACGUAGAUUACGCGUUAUAUGAACACUUCUACGGGGUACUGCAAAGAAAACUAUCUGACGGUGGUCAAGACUUAACGGACGAGAUUGAGCACUUUAAGAAGAUCAAUCUACAAGUGAUAGAUUUCUGUGAGGCAUUGGAGAGGUGGUCUUGCGAUGUUGGAGAGAAACUUGAGAUUCCUAAAAGCAAGUGGGACCCGGGGUUUUCUGUGGACAGAGAUUUUUGUCUGGUUUUCCGGAGAGAGUUGAAAUGUGAUUACGUUAUAGCUGCGGAGAGGCGAGCGAGGGCGCACAACUUGGAGCACUCAAUCAAGAAACAUUUGGAAAUAGUGUCUGACAAAGAACACAAGGCAACCAUACAGAGACACUGUAUAUACUGCGAAAGGACGCAAAAUGGUAUGUGCAGGUCUAUAGACUAUUUGAAUUAUUUGGCAACGGAUGAAAUAAUUUCCAAGGAAACGCUGAAAGAACUGAGAACGGAAUAUUACCCUAAAUCGUACAAUCUUCACUGCAAAGGGAAAGAGAACUAACGCAUAAUAACUUAUUUAAUAACUUAUUAUUAAAUUAAUCAAUAUACUUUUCGUAAGAUAGUUACGCAUAUGGUAGAUAUUUUAAGAUGUACUUACAAAGUA